UAUCAGAAUAUACGACUCGACUGUUCUUGUCGGAAAAUCAAAGGCUUAUCUUAACGGCAUGAUACCAUAUCGUAACUUAAGUUUACUGCUCAGGAACCCACUGAGAAGAUUGCAACCGAUCAAGAGCAUUAGGUGAGAAAUGAGAUAAGUUCUGUGCUUUCCUGCGAAGGUAACUGCGAAAAUGUAGGUUGACGGCGGCAUCAAUAUCUCCAAAGCACAAGCAGAUGCAAUUUUUAUAGUCGUCUACAAAAAAAAUAUCUCAGUGAGUACGAAUAUCAUAAGGUAUAAAUCUCCCGAAAAUCUCGAGGAAGACAUCAGUUGCAAAGCAUCCACCAUCAAGCAAUCAAGUACGAGAAAAAGCUUAACUAAAAAUAUAUAUUCAAUCAUGAAUUUGUUGAGCCAUAAAGCAGUUUUAACGGAUUUAUAUUCCAAUCAAUAUGGAGCUUAUGAAUACCAGCCCUGCGAUGUACAGGGGCAACAAAACAAUACUGAAUACGAACAGAGAUAUUGGGGUCAUUUGAACACAGAACGGCUCCAUCCAUACUCAGCACAAUCAUCCACCACUUCUACAACUAUUCCACAACUAGUAUCCAGUUCCAUCAGUUCUUCCAUCAACGUCUCGCUAGAUCAACACGAACUGUGGGAACAAUUUCACAAUGUCGGUACUGAAAUGAUUUUGACCAAAACUGGAAGGAGAAUGUUCCCUGGAUGUCGAAUACGCUUAACAGGACUCAAGCCAGCAUCAAAGUAUUGUGUUUUGAUGAGCGUUGCCAGAGAUGACUCUUAUCGAUACAGAUUUCAAAAUGGAGAAUGGACUGCUGCUGGUCCAGGAGAAGUUGAAUUUGCUCCUCGAUACUUUGUUCACCAAGAUUCACCAGCUACUGGAGCGAAGUUAAUGAAAGGGCUCGUAUCUUUCCACAAAGCAAAAUUGUCAAACUCUAACGCGGCUGCAAAUUACGUUAACGGAAAAUUGAUCAUGCAUUCAAUGCACAAAUACCACGUUCGUAUACACAUUAUUGAAUCUGAGGAUCCAUCAAAUCUCGAAACAAUGCAAACCUUUCCACUGCCAGUGACAUCAUUCAUUACCGUUACAGCAUACCAGAACACAGAGCUAACAAAACUGAAGAUUGCAAAUAAUCCAUUCGCAAAAGGCUUUCGCGAAGACGGAGCAAGAGGAAGUAAAUCAGCAAGAGCCCAAUACCAACAAGAACAAUAUCAAAUACCGGACUAUUCUGUUUCAAAGAGAUUUAGACCAGAUUACCCACAAAGUGUGCCACACGUACAAAACGUUGUUUCCAAUAUUCCAUCAGCUGAUCCUAGCCAAUAUUCCGCCCUACCCUAUUGCACAGAUUCAUUACCGUCAACAUAUGUCUCCGAUGAUUUGGUGACAUCGACUUACGCUUCGGCUUCUCUACCCCACAAUACUGGUUAUUAUUCUACAAACAACUACAGAUAUUCCGACUAUGCUUCGCAUGUCCCACAAUAUCCAGUCCAAGCACAGCAAUACUUACCUACAACUAAUAUAACGGAAGAAGACUACUCAAAUGGGCAUGUGCAACAGUACAGCCAGCAUAUGAAUCUUGCGUCUUCAACGAGCCAGCAAAUUUACUCUACUGCAUAUGGCGAACUACCUGCUCAGUCGAUAGAUCAGCAACAUCAAUACCAGCAGCAACAACAUCCAGGCGAAACUCAAUGGCAAACUAUCGAGAAUACACCCUAUGUGCAGAAUAUCGCCCCACAUCAAAUCGACGAAUGUUCGGACGAAAACUCAACAGAAUUUCUUUACAAACCAUAUUCAGAUGAAGGAUAUUCUUCACCAAUCAAUGACAACAUCGUACAAACCAACUAAAUCUCCAUGUGUUUGUUCAUGGUCAAGUAGAUGUCGAGCAAAGAACCACCAAAAUGUUCAAGCCUCGAUUGGAGAAAGGCCGGCAACACCAUGUACACUGUUCGAAAAUUCGCGCUAUUGUAUAUACUUGGAUGUAAUGUAAUAUAAAUUUUGUUUUGUGCUGUAUUAUCCCUAUUAGUUCCUCAUUUGCCAUUGCCUAUUUGAAAUAAAUAAUAACCAUGAACACGA